GAAAGGAGAGAGAAGGCUCUCUUCCUAUCUCUCUCACUCAUAAGCAAAACUCAGUUCCUGUUUUUGUUUUGGCCCUUCAAUUCACUUAUUUCUUUUGUUAAAUUAGCUAUCUUUGCUUCCUAUUUCCAACAUCUCUCUAUUAUUUUCAGACAUGGAUCUGAAGGUAAGUGGAAAUGAGUCCUUGAUAGCUCGCAUUCAACAACUGGAGCAUGAGCGUGAUGAGUUACAUAAAGAUAUAGAGCAAUUGUGCAUGCAGCAAGCUGGACCAAGCUACCUUGCUGUGGCUACCAAAAUGCAUUUCCAAAGGACAGCUGGCUUGGAGCAGGAGAUUGAGAGCUUGAAAAAGAAGUUAGCUGCUUGCACAAGAGAUAAUCUAAAUCUUCAAGAGGAGCUUUCAGAGGCUUACCGAAUCAAAAGCCAACUGGCAGAUCUACAUAAUGCAGAGGUUGCAAAGAAUAAGGAGGCAGAGAAGCAGCUGAAAUUUUUUCAAGGCUGUGUAGCUUCUGCUUUUGCUGAACGUGAUAAUUCAAUAAUGGAGGCUGAGAAGGCUAAGGAGAAGGAGGAACUCAUGUCACAAAAAUUUAAUGAGUUUCAGAAGAGGUUAGAAGAGCUUACCUCAGAUUGUCUUGAACAAAAGAGACAAAAUGAAGCACUGCAGAUUGAUCUUGCAAAGCAAGAAGAGCAGAAUGAAAGUCUCAAGAAGGUUGCCAACAAGUUCUAUGAGAUCAGGCAGCAUUCUCUUGAAGGAUUUGAGGAUGCAAGUUGGGAAGAUAAAUGCACUUGGCUGUUGCAUGACUCAAAAGAAAUGUGGAGUUAUAAUGACGCCUCCACCUCUAACUACAUAAGUGCAUUAGAAGAAGAGCUGGAGCAAGUGAGGAAAUCUGCGGAUAAUCUUCAAAGUAAAUUACGAGUGGGGUUGGAAAUAGAAAAUCAUUUAAAGAAGCAAGUUCGUGAACUAGAAAAGAAGCAGAUUCAACUGGACAAAAUGGUAAUGAAUGGGAUUGCAGGGUUACGCCACUACCAUUCUGAGCACAGAGGUCACAUCAUGAAUUUACUGAAUGAGGGGAAAUUGCAUAUGAAAUCAACUAUGGAUAUGCUAGAAGAAAAGAUAGGAGAAACCUAUGGGAGCAAAGAGCAGAAUUUAAGGCCUUCUCAGAGAGUCAUUGAUCUGGAGGAAAAUGAAUGUCGAGAUGUACACAUAAGUAAUGACAUUGGCUCAGCUUUGAUAUCUGAGGAAGUUAAACAUGGCUUACAUGAUUCUGGGGAUAAUGAAGAAGAGAAUAGCUCUGAAGCUCUUGCUCAGGCCCUGCAAGAGAAGGUUGCAGCAUUGUUGCUUUUAUCUCAGCAGGAAGAGAGACAUUUACUGGAGAGAAAUGUGAAUGCAGUUCUUCAGAAAAAAAUGGAGGAGCUUCAGAGAAACUUACUGCAGGUCACAAAUGAAAAGGUUAAAGCUCUCGUGGAGUUGGCACAGUUAAAGCAGGCAUAUCAGCAAUUACACGAGAAAAUUAGCCAUGGGAUACAAGAAGGAAAUUUAUCAAUUGACAAAGUGGAGAGAAGGCACUUCACUCAUGAUAAAGAUGGAAGGUUAAGAAACCUGCUUAAAAGGACAUAUCUGAAACGUUGGAUGGGUACAUCAGGUAUUGGUGUAAAUGAAGAGGAAGCUCACCUAAACAAUGAAGGGAAUUUCUCCAGCCGAACGCAUAGUAGCAUUGAUUUUGCCAGGAUGAAGAUUGAAAAUGCCACCCUUAAAGAGAGCAUGGAAAGUAUGGAGCACCUGACUUCUUCAAUUCAUAGACUUCGUUGUGCUCUUCUAAAGGUCAAAGAGUCAGCUGCAUGUGAAGGUACAUGUGUUGGCGUAUUAGAAGCUCUUCAUGAUAUCGUGUCUGAGGCCAAACUCUUGAAGACUGCCUUUGGGAGCUCAUUACCCAUUAGCUGGUCGGCUGAGGCUGUUGAUACAUCAACUGGCGGGAGCACCCACAAUGAGCCAGGUGAUUUAGAUGAGGACUCUAGCUACGAGAAGAUGGAUUCUGUUUCUGCUGCAGGAUUUGAAAUGGUGGAGCUUCUGAUACUUGCAGCACAGAUACUAGAAGCCUAUUCUACCAAACAAGGUUUGAGAGAUGCAAGUUGAUUCUAUCCUGGUCUGCUAGUUUCUGGCUAAUACCAAGCAUGAAGCACGUCAGAAGUUGUAUGGAACGAAGGCAUGGUUGCCCAACUGGAGGUGCUAAAAAAGGAAAAUCUCUCCGUGAGGGAAGAAAGUAGACUUGGCUCAAACAUGAAGGAAGAGUAUCCUACUUGUGCAUUAUAGUUGAUACAAAAUGACAUACAGUAUCUUGUGAUACACAUUUUAAACCUCUUUGUUAUAGUGAUUUUGGUGCCAUGCGGGGUGAGUCUUUCGAAGUUUCAUUCUGUAUUUCCAGUGUGUAUAUAUAUAUAUAUAUAUAUAUGGUUAGAUGCUUGCGAAUGUACAGUUUUAUCAAAUGGGUUAAGAUUAUUGCACAGAAGUUGAAUGAAAUCUUUCUGGUGUUAAUCUA